AUGAGUGGAAGUAGGAAUGAGGAGCGUUCAAUAGUUACUUAUUUUUUAAUAUUUGAAGAGAAAUCUUUUCAGUUAAAUCCGGACGCAUUAAAAAAAGAUCCGACAAACUUAACAGUGAUUUUGCACGGUGAAGAUCAUACGAUUGGAAACUCGCUAAAGCAUAUUCUUUGUAAAAUGGAAAAUGUUGAAUUCUGUGGCUAUAAUGUUCCACAUCCGCUUGAAGAUAGUAUAUUAAUUCGAUUACAAACAAAGAAUGGCGUUGAUGCAGUUGAUUUAUUCUUUGAAUCUUUGCAAAAUUUACAGUAUAUUUUUGCAUCAAUUAGGCAGAAAUUUGAAAAGGCUAUUUCUGAUUUUCAUUCUUCAUAA